AUGCUUGCCAAAACGGGCACUUGCAAAUGCAGCUCUAGGAGGAAUCAGUUGGACACCGUGAGAGUUUCAGUGCGUGCAGGUGCAGAUUUGAAUACUAGAGGUCGCACGGCACUGUUCCUGGCUCUUUCCCGGGGACAACCGGACACAGUCGGUUUCCUUAUAGCGGAUUGCGGUCCGGAUAUAGACGUGGACGAUUGUAAGAGCCGCAAACCGCCGCAUUUAGCUGUAGAGGAUUACGAUUUGGAUACUGUGAAGUACCUUGUGGAACAUGGCGUAGAAAUUAACAUUAGAGACGAUGAUGGCGGCACGGCACUGCAUUUAGCUGCACUAAGUGGUCGCUUGGACACUGUGAAAUUCCUCGUGGAAAAUGGAGCGGAAGUUAACGUUAGGAACAAUGAUGGAUGCGCAGCACUGGACUUGGCCGAGCUGAUGGGUCACUUGGACUUUGCUCGGCUGCUUGCACGACAUGGUGGCUUGGUCGGACGCACAGACACGUCUAUUGAUGAUAAACAGAACCUUGCGAGGUAUAUCUUUGACGUUAUGAACAACGAACAAGUUGUAACCAAGGAAGAUAUUCCAAUUCUGGCGAUGCUUGAAAAUAUUAUAGUUGUAGUGCUCUCGGAGGAAGCACCACAUCCAAUAACCGUCAUAGAACCUGAUCUGACUAUUCUCGGAACUUACCCAAAGGAAACCCCAAAGGAAAAGCCCAAAGAAGUAGUCCUGUGCUUUGACGGAAAAACCUUCGCAAGACUAGAACCCGUAGACGAAGUAUAUAUCCUAAAAUCCCACCGAGACAAGGAAGAGAGGAAAACCAACCCUACCAGAUACAGAAAAGGCGGCAGCGCUGGGAGCAAAGGGGUGGAAUACCAAGUCAGAUUGCUAGCGUUGGUUAUACUCAAAGCAUUGAAAAAUAAGCUGAGUGACUGGAAGUUGUCUACGGAGAACCAAGAUGCGGGGAAGUUUGAUGAUAUUGUAGUGGAAUGGUCUGGAGGAGCCGUUCUCAUCCAAUCCAAACACAAAGAGGACGACAACAAGAAGAUCACUUUGGAAGAACUGACAUCCACAAACUCCAAAAACGAUCACUUUAGCUUGCCGAAAUACUUCUUGUCCUACAUGUCAAUUAAAGACAAGUUUAAAGUGGAAAAUGUUGUCAUUUGCACAAAUGCAAGCAUCCACGAAAGAGCUUUAAAAUGUUUAACAUACCAAGAAGCGAAUACUGAUAGCCUGUUGUACUGUGAAGAUGGCCCUUGUUCAUUUUAUACGCUUCAUGAUGCCUUUAUUUCGUAUUUAAAAGAAAAAACCAUUCAGUAUUAUCAGCAACAUUUUAAGAACAAGAAUAUUGAAGAAUCAGUCAUUACAGACAAAAAUUUGAGAGACUUUCUCAAACAAUUGCAACUGUAUUUCAACUAUCCACCUCUAAAGACACUAGAGAAGGCCACUGAAAAGUUAUUAUCACUCAUAAAACUCUGUAGCAAUUCUCAAGGCAAAACAACUUCACAAGAAAUGCUUCCUAAGGUGAUGGAUUGGUUCCAGCGUAAAGAUGGCGUAUACUUUACGGAAGUCCACGCCAAAGCAAUGUUCGUGGAAAUAUGGAGAGACAAAUUCUGCCAGAAAUUGGAGGAGUAUAAAGUGACCCUUCAAAAAAACGACUUGGAUUUCCAAGGCCCGAAACAAAUAUUCCACGCCGUUGUUAAAGACGGAUAUUUGUUGCAAUUAAUAAAAAUCUAUUCUGCCUUGCAUGCGAAUAAAGCGAAAAUUCUUUAUGUAAAUCCUGACGAUGGCAUCGAAGCUCAGAAACAGGUAGUAGAGGUAUUUGGAUUGCCCCAGUACGUCUUCUUAGUAAUAAUCGGGCACACGACUACUGAAGAGUCUGGAAGACUUGAAACGUAUGAUAAGUUGAAGGGGCCGUUAGAGAGGUACAAGUACAAGAAAAUCAUCCUGAUAGCCAAAGACAACAAACUUGUGCAACAAAUUGGAUUCAAUGAUGUUGCGGAAGUAGAGGCUUCCGUGAAGUUCGAAGACCUUUCCUAUGAUUCUCGGGAGAUGUUGGUAAAGGAGAAGAAUAUAGUUUUUCAAGGGAAAAACUUCAGCUUGGAAGACUUAUUGCCGGUGGAAGAUUAUGGAGCUGCUAUGGAUUCAGAAACGUUACAGAGAUUGGUCGCAAGGAAAGAAAUAAAAGUUGGGACUCCGCUUUCAGAUUUAGACCAACACAUCCGUCAGUUCUACAUAAAUCGCACCCUCAGCAGAACUCUGAAGAAGUGCAAUCCAAGUGAAGAAGUGCAAUCUCUAGACGAGUCAGAAGACGAGGUGUGGGUCGAAGAAACCUUUACGGAAAGUACCAUUUUCGACGUGAAAGAAAAAUUGGUAUUCAUCUCAGACGGCGCUGGGAUGGGAAAGAGCACGGUCUUGAUCAAAAUGGCGUCAGCCAUAAAAGAAACCCAUCCAAAUCUGUGGGUCGUUAGAAUAAUACUCAACGACUUCACUAGGGUAUUGGGUGAAUCUUUGGAGACCGGGAAAGCCGCUUUGACUGUAACGGAACUGUUGGAUUCAAAAAGUGAGACAAAACUAGCGAACGGCUUGGAAAAGUACGUAUUUUCUGCGAGGGAAAAAGUGGUGUUGAUGUUAGACGCUAUUGAUGAAGUAAGUCCUGACUACACUCAGAUCAUUUUGAGGAUGAUACAACAGUGCCAGGAAGAGUCAAAUUUCGUCAAGAUCUUCAUUACUACGAGACCGCAUGUAACUAAAGAGUUGGAGGCAGUGCUGAAGGUCAAACCGUUUGUAUUGAAACAGUUCACAGAACAAAAUCAAGUAGACUUCCUUACCAACUACUGGGCCCAUAACCUAGAAAUACAAGACGACGCGAGUAAACUAUACGCCAAGCAAGUGAUAAGCAGCAUUUCGUGGACGAACUUCGACAACACAGAGGAUCACUUUGCUAGCAUCCCGCUACACGUACGAAUGGCUGCAGAGAUUUUCCAGGAUACAAUUGGCGAGAAAUCCGAGUCAAAAGUGAAAAAAAUUGACGUCAUAGAACUAUACGACCUGUUCUUCAACAAGAAGUGGGACAUAUUCCACAAAAAGGAAAAUCCGGAUAAGAAAACCUGGGCCAAUGAAGCACUCAAGAAACAAUUAGACAACUGUCGCAUUUAUCAUAGAAAUCUAGCUGUCGAGAUGAUUGUGGAUAAGGACAAACUGCGUUAUUUCUCGGACUACCAACAAAGCGACAAAUACACGGAAACAAGCUUGUUAAAAAUAGGUAUCGCGCAGAAAUUUAAUGGCAAAAUCCACUUCAUCCACAGAACAUUUGCGGACUACUUUUUCGCCGAUUGCUUGCUAAAGGAACUACAACAGAAUGAAACUUUCGAAUUCCAUACGUUCCUCGUCGACACGAUAUUUCUUCGUUCUCAGUACAAUGUCACCCGCAUUUUCUUCGAUAGUUUACUGGAGAAGGUCGUACAUUCCUUACCUUCCAGAAUUUUCGAGGCCGUUAAACAAGAGGGGGCCUUGGAAUCCGCUAAAUUGCGAUCGGAACUAACAUAUCUCUUAGCGGAGGAGGGUCUCGUAACAAUUCUUAAGUUCCUCCUCAAAUGCGCAGACGUCAAAAUUUCCAGGGAGAAGGAAGAUGUCAAAGAUGUUCGAAGAUAUACCGCUGGUAAUACUUUAAACGCUUCCGAAGACCUUACAGGCAUAGGGCAAUUUCGAUUUAACAUAAGGAAUGACAAAGGUCAGACUCCACUGCACUUUGCAGCACUAAAGGGGCGUACGAAUAUGGUGAAAUUCUUAACAACAGAAGUCUAUCGAGGUAGCGACGUCGACGACCUUAAGCAACUGCUUGCUGACGCUAAUAUAAAAGACGACAACGGUUCUACACCUUUACACCUAGCAGCUUGGUGUGGUCAGCUGGAUACCGUAAAGUACCUUGUCGGUUACGGUGUCGCUCUCAACGAUACCGACCGCACUGGUCGGACGCCGCUGCAUAUAGCUAGCGCGAACUCUCACCUGGAGACGGUGCGGUUCCUCCUUGAAAGUGGUGCGGAUCGCUUUAACAAAAGCGAAAGUUCGAACACCGCCUUACACGCGGCCGCCAGUUUUGGAGAACUGGACAUCGUCAAACUCCUGAUAGAACACGGUCUAGAUUUUAACGAGCGUGGUUUCCGUGGACGCACGCCGCUGCAUUUAGCCAGCGUCAAAGGACAUUUGAACACGGUGAAGUACCUUCUUGCGCUGGGCGCGGACUUCCAGAUUAGAGACAGUGGAGGUUACACCGUUUUGCACGUAGCAGCGUCUAGUGGUCAUUUGGAUACGGUCAGGUUCCUAGUGGAAUACGGUCUAGAUUUUAACGUUACGAGUAAAAAUAACCGCACUCCAUUGCACUUGGCUAGCGCAAACGGUCACGCGGAGACGGUCAGGUUCCUUUUCGAAAUCGGGGUAAAUUGCAACAUCAAAAACGAGAAUUCGAAUACGGCUUUACACACUGCGGCUAGUUACGGACAACUGGAUAUCGUCAAAUUGCUGGCGAGCUGCGGUAUGGAUUUUAAUGAGCGUGGUUUCCACGGACGCACGCCACUGCACUUAGCUAGUGCCAAAGGCCAUUUGGAGCUUGUCAAAGUCUUGCUAGAACUUGGCGCAGACCUCGCGAUAAGAGAUGAAUAUGGAUGUACUGCCAAGGAUGUCGCAGCUUCCUGUAAGCAGUCGGAUACUGUCAAGUUCUUUGAAGAAUAUGACCCAGACUUUAAUGUGGUUGAAGAUAAUAACCAUACAUAACUAUGGGAAUGAUGACAUCCAUCGGCUGUCAAAAAGUAUCCAAAACCUUGCGGAAGUGCUUGCAGAUGUUAAUAUAAAGGACAGUUGUGGUUCCAUAAACUUAUGGUGGAUUAUGGUCACUGCUUACAAGCUAGUCAUUUGAAGGCAGUGAAGUUCCUUCUUCUACUUGGUGCAAGCUUCAUAAUUGAAGAGGCCUUGUAGUACCAGCUUCAUAAUUGGCUAUUGUUAAAUUGUCGAUGGAGCAUAUUGACUUAGCCAUGAUAGAAACAAUUGACAGCGCAUUGGUCAGUAGCGUUACAUAGUGAUCUUUUCCGACUUGUGUUAGAUUCACUUUUGGUUCAUUAUUUUCUCUCAUAAGUGUUUCACAAGAAAAAUUGAGUUUUUUUUGUGAUAUUAGAUCAUUGUAGUGUCAUCAAAUUUUUAAAGUAUGGCCAUUUGAAGACAAAUUCCAUCUCGAAUUAGGUGUAGACUUUGGGGACCAAAAACGUAAUUCGGAAGCCGAUUUUCUAGAUGAAUACAAUUCGAAAAUACGCCAAGUCUAUAAAAAUCACAGCUUGAAGAACAAAUCAACGGGAAGCAAGAGAUGAGAGUCGAGGAUAAAGGGACAAUGUCACAAAAUUCUAGAGGAGGGACAGUUGCCACUGUAACACUUUUGCAGCGCAAUCUUAUUCGACAUGUUCGUAAACAAAAUUAACAUCGUUUAUUUUUUGUAAAAAUAUAAUGGGAAGAUAUUUUUUAAAACUGGAAA